AUGCCAGAGGACAAGCUCAAAGUCAUCGCUCAUCUGGCCGCACACUUAGAAGAGAUUUCUCUGGCAGCUCUUCCCCCCUCGGCCGAGUCGGAGGAGAACUCGUCACAUACCGAAGAGGGGUCUAGUGACAGCGACUCAGUUGCUGAACCCCCGACCAGAAGAAGAGCAGUGCAUAAAGAUGGUACUUUGGAAACCCGGGGAGAGUCCUUCGGUCAAGUCCCAGAUAUCACGAGAAGAAGGAGUCCUGACGAUGCUGAAAAAGGGGAUAAGUCAACUCCACUCGACCAAGAAGAUGAGAGCAUGGUUAGCCGGCCCGAUCUUCCUGAGACUCACCACUCAAGACGGUUCUUGAGGUUUGUUUGUCGCGACCCAGCCAGUGUCGGCGUCCAAACCACCGUCGAGCCUGUUGUGCCCUUGGCAACCUGUGCAGAUUGUCGAGAUGGUAGGAAAUGGCGAUGGUUCAGCGGAGCCGUCAACCACCUCCAUCAAUUUCACUUCAGACAAGGUGCUCCUAAGAAGGGAUUGCAGGCUCAGGCGUACGAUGCCGACGAAGGUGCGCAACUCAGACUGGCGUUGGAAGACUGGAUCGACACUAUAGACAUUCGCGGCAAAGCCAGAGAAACAUUGGAGGCUGUUGCAUCGAUGUCGAAAAGUCAAGAUCGAUCUACUGCAGGGAAGCUCGCAAACAAAGAAUUCAAGUCUGACGAUGCAUUCUUGCCACCAGCCUUUGGACAAGAACCUCCCGCUGCCCACGGAACAGGUGGCUCUAGCAUAACUGAUGGAAACAACGGAAUAGAAGCCUUGAAUCAAAGACACCAGAGUUCUCAUGGACAGCAACUUGAGAGGGAAACACCGUUGGUGGGGGCGUCUGAGAGAUCGCGCCAAGCUCAUGUCGCAACAGGUAAUCCGAAUUUCUCUUGCCGAUUGUGUGUACAUCGUCAGGGAGCAGAUGGGUUCAAGACACGGGGUGAGCUCCUCAGGCACAUUCGGGCUUCGCAUAGUGACGAUGGUAAUCUGCUCAUUGAAGAAACCCGCCUGUUGAGUCAAGAUCUGGAGCAACGGCGCAUGUUGGUACCGGAAGUGCCACAUGCCAUACCAAGGGCAUAUUCGAUUAACGCACAGAAUCAGCACCCCGAACACAAGGACGAUAAUCCGGAACAAACUGAAUCUAACCUCGGAUUUUUGGGGAUCUCUCCAACCCAGACAGAGCAGGUCAUUGCCAGUUUCAAAAAGCUUCAUUCGGACACGGAAACACGGCAUGGUGGAGAAAUCAUCAAAGACCACUCUCUCUACAAAAAUGCUACUCCCGGGCCUGACGGGUCAUAUCACUGCCCGUGGGAAGAUCAGGCGUCAUGCGAUCAUGAGCCAACCUUGUACAAGGUGAACUACCAGCCCUUCCGGUGUUCCUACGAGGGCUGCGAUCGCUCCCUCGUUGGGAAUGGGUUCCCUCGCGCAUGGAACCUGCGGGACCACUUACGCCGUGUACACGGUGAUAAGGAGAGCGGACCGUCGCAGCUCAUGGACUCCCCUAGAGAGGAGACUCAAGCCCGUCCUUGGAAGUGCCCCGAUUCAAGUUGCAAGUACCACAAGGACGGCUGGGCCACAGAGAAGGAACUGAGCCGCCACGUUGACGACAAGCAUGGCUCUGCGCCUCCCGUGUACCAGUGCCAAUUCCCACCCUGCCCCUACAAGUCAAAACGCGAGUCCAACUGCAAGCAGCAUAUGGAAAAGGCCCACGGGUGGGAGUACAGCCGUACCAAGGCCAGUGGCCGCAGAGACUCAAGCCGGCGGCAUUGA